GUUGCUGAGCGGGCUGAAAGCUUGGUCUGAGGUGUUUUGGAUCUCUGCUGCCACGGGCCUUAGGGAAUUGCCAGUGAUCUACAACGUGGCGACAUGAAUGCACUGACUUAUGAGGACGUGCAUGUGAACUUCACUCAAGAGGAGUGGGCUCUGCUGGAUCCUUCCCAGAAGAAGCUCUACAAAGAUGUCAUGCUGGAGACCUACAGGAACCUCAGUGCUAUAGGCUUUAAUUGGGAAGCCCAAAAUAUUGAAGAAUAUUGUCAAAGUUCUAGAAGACACAGAAGGUGUGAAAGGAUUCAGAGUGCAGAGAAACCCUCUGAAUAUACUCAACGUGAUAAAGCCUUUGUUUUAUGUGCUCACAGUCAUGCUCAAAGGCAUGAAAGGAUUCAUACAGAAAAGAUGCCCUCUGAAGAUAUUCACUGUGUCGAAGACGUUUUACCUUACACUAGUCUCCAAGUACAUAAAAGAACACAAACUGGACAGAAACGCUUUGAAUGUAAACAAUGUGGUAAAGGAUUUGCAAAGCUCAGUCAUCUUAAAAGGCAUGAAAGAUUUCAUACUGGAGAGCAACCCUUCAUAUAUAAUGAAUGUGAUAAAGUCUUUUCUUUUAAACGUCAUCUCCAAACACAUAUAAGCAUACAUACUGGAGAGAAACCCUUCAAAUGUAAUCACUGUGAUAAAUCCUUUUCAAAACAUAAUCAUCUUCAAAGUCAUAGAAGAACACAUACUGGAGAGAAACCCUACAAAUGUAAUCAAUGUGAUAAAGCCUUUUCUCAAUACAGUAAUCUUCAAACUCAUAGAAGAACACAUACUGGAGAGAAACCCUUCAAAUGUAAUCAAUGUGAUAAAGCCUUUUCUCAAUACAGUACUCUUCAAACUCAUAGAAGAACACAUACUGGAGAGAAACCCUACAAAUGUAAUCAGUGUGAUAAAGCCUUUUCUGAGAAAUGUAGUCUCCAAAGACAUAUAAGGAUACAUACUGGAGAGAAACCCUACAAAUGUAAUCAAUGUGAUAAAGCCUUUUCCCAUAACUAUCACCUCCACAUUCAUAGAAGAACACAUACUGGAGAGAAACCCUACAAAUGUAAUCAAUGUGAUAAAGCCUUUUCAAUACACUUUCUCCUCCAAAAUCAUAAAAGAACACAUACUGGAGAGAAGCCUUACAAAUGUAAUCAGUGUGAUAAAGCCUUUUCUCAAUACUUUUCUCUUCAAACUCACAGAAGAACACAUACUGGAGAGAAACCCUUCAAAUGUAAUCAAUGUGAUAAAGCCUUUUCUCAAUACAGUACUCUUCAAACUCAUAGAAGAACACAUACUGGAGAGAAACCCUUCAAAUGUAAUCAAUGUGAUAAAGCCUUUUCAAAACACAGUACUCUUCAAUCUCAUAGAAGAACACAUACUGGAGAGAAACCCUUCAAAUGUAAUCAAUGUGAUAAAGCCUUUUCUCAAUACAGUACUCUUCAAACUCAUAGAAGAACACAUACUGGAGAGAAACCCUUCAAAUGUAAUCAAUGUGAUAAAGCCUUUUCAAAACACAGUAAUCUUCAAUCUCAUAGAAGAACACAUACUGGAGAGAAACCCUUCAAAUGUAAUCAGUGUGAUAAAACCUUUUCUCAAUACAGUACUCUUCAAAGUCAUAGAAGAACACAUACUGGAGAGAAACCCUUCAAAUGUAAUCAAUGUGAUAAAGCCUUUUCUCAAUACAGUAAUCUUCAAACUCAUAGAAGAACACAUACUGGAGAGAAACCCUUCAAAUGUAAUCAGUGUGAUAAAGCCUUUUCCCAUAACUAUCACCUCCACAUUCAUAGAAGAACACAUACUGGAGAGAAACCCUACAAAUGUAAUCAAUGUGAUAAAGCGUUUUCUGAGAAAUGUCAUCUCCAAAAACAUAUAAGGAUACAUACUGGAGAGAAACCCUACAAAUGUAAUCAAUGUGAUAAAGCCUUUUCUCAAUACAAUACUCUUCAAACUCAUAGAAGAAUACAUACUGGAGAGAAACCCUUCAAAUGUAAUCAGUGUGAUAAAGCUUUUUCAAAACACAGUACUCUUCAAACUCAUAGAAGAACACAUACUGGAGAGAAACCCUUCAAAUGUAAUCAAUGUGAUAAAGCCUUUUCUCAAUACAGUACUCUUCAAACUCAUAGAAGAACACAUACUGGAGAGAAACCCUACAAAUGUAAUCAGUGUGAUAAGCCUUUUCUAUGAAAUUAAUCUCCAAAACCAUGUAAGGAUACAUACUGGAGAGAAACCCUACAAAUGUAAUCAAUGUGAUAAAGCCUUUUUCCAAUACAGUAAUCUCCACAUUCAUAGAAAAACACAUACUGAACAAAAACCCUACAAAUGUAAUCAAUGAGAUAAAGGCUUUUCCCAAUACUGUCAUCUUCAAAUUCAUAGAAAAACACAUACCUACGAGAAACCCUUCAAAUUUAAUGAAUGUGAUAUAGCCUUUUCCUAGCAUUAUAAUCUACAAAUUCAUAAGAGAAGACAUACUAGAGAGAAACCUUACAAGUGUAUUCAGUGUGUGUAAGUCUUUUCAAAACAUUUUAAUCUUCAAAAGAAUAAAAGAAUCCACACUGGAGAAAAAAGCUACGAAGGAAUUGGAUUGUGAGCAAAUUUUUUACAAUUUUUUACAAUUUACAUUUCUGAAUGUAUAAGUGAACGUACUGAAGAGAAAGACUAUGGAUGUUAUCAUAGUCUUAAUCGUCAUGAACAUAUUUUAGGGGCCAGAAUCCUUCUGACUAUAAGGAAUGUGGAAAAAUCUAUGCCAGGCAGUUAUCUCCUAAUGCAGCAAGGAACACAUACUGCAGAGAGAGAGAGAGACAGAGAGAGACCGUAUAAAUAUACACAAUGUGGUAAACCUUUGCGUAUCACAGUUAUCUUUGAAUACAUAAAAGAGCACACAAUAUAUCUCAGAAUUCAUAAAAGAAGACACUGAAGAGAGAAAGUGUGUGUGAUUAAUGUGGUAAGGCCUUUGCAGUUGACAUUGACAUUGAUCUCAUCAUGUAUAAAUUAACACAGACUUGUAAGAAAUCUCAUAAAAAUAAGAAAUGUGGUAA